CUUCCAUGCUCCUUAUUAUUUUGAGCUUAUGGACAGCUAUUGCGAACGUGGCCAAGAAUGGCUGCAGUAAUCAUCACUUAUAUGCUAGCAUCAAAACUGGACAAAAUAUCGAUAUUUCCGACAACAAACGAGAUUUUAACCUGGCAAAUCAGAUCUGAGUUUUUUGAUGGAGCUGAUUUGACCUACACUUUAAGUGACUCUCAAUAGAAGGAAUUUUAGAUUAUACAUCCCUUCGAACAAACUGGAAGAGACUCCUCGCACAAGAAUGGUAAUGAAAUAAUAUUCCAUAUUAAAAGUUGCCUCAAAUAUUGUUGCAGCCAAAGCAGCUAGAAUCUCAUCAAGUGGCUUUUGGCUCAAUACGUUCGCCUUCCUAGAUUAAUCUGAAGACGAAGUUUAUUUAAAUAUUGCUGAAGGGUACAAUAACAGUUCUAUAUACAAUAGUACAGAUGUAAGGGCGUCUCCUAAUUUCAAUUAACGCUAUUUAAUUACCAAAAGAAAUAACUCAGAAAUAACCUGCUUCGAUGUUGAUUUUACAAACACCCAGCAAUACAUAGUGGAUUGCCAAAAGUAAGUAGUCCAAGACGAUAAAAUCAUAUUACAAAAUAUAUUUUUUGUACUCUCCAAGGAUGGAACCAAAACUCAAGUGUUCGCUGAAAGGGCCAUCUUUUAAACCUACAAAUAGAGGUUCCUUGGACAGUACACUGUAACCAAUGCUCUCGGAAUCACACACCAAUACCUCUUCAGAGUGACACCAGCCUACUCAAUUAGUUUAGAUUCCGAAUUGGCCUCAGACUCUUUAGUUGAAGUCUAUUUGAUGUUAGCUUCUGGUGAACCUCAAAACACCAACUUUGUAUUAGACAAGGCUGUCUUGGCAGAUACCUUGGGAGUUCCCAGUACUGAUUUUUCUUUGGUUGAUUUUUCUGUUUAACCAAAUGGAGAUAUCUAUUUGUUAGAUGCCUUCAAUGGUCUGUACGUAGUCAAUUAUUUGCCAAAUGGUGAAUGGAAAGUGUAGAAUAUUGUCUACCCAAGAACAGGACAGGCCUUCGCAUUUAGUGUGAACUCAUUCAUCAAGGAAGAUGAAUCACUUGCCCAUGUGAUUGUAGUGUAGGGAUAUAAUUAUUUCAUUCAAAUUGAAAACAUGGAAUUCAAAUACAUCUAUGAUUUGCCAUUCAUCCAAUUGGAGUAUCCUGCCUAUAUUAAACUCUCUUAGGAGAAUGUCAUCAUUAGAAAUGAACACACACUCUACUUAUACAACAUAGACACUGAGAAUGUCCAAUUAAACUCCAGGUAUACUCUGAGUCAGAAGGACUCCAUCUUGUUGAACCCUUAUUUACCUGAUUUGGUAGUCAUAUCAAAUUUAUUAUCCAAAAGAUAUACUUUAUCCAUGGGCUAUUUGAAAUACCUUGGCAGUACAGGGGCCAAAGCAGUGAAGGACAUCAUUUUAACAGCAAAUGCUCCAAAUGAAUAAAAGUGUUCAAUCACCAUCUCCUAUCAAAUAUUAAAUGACAGAGACCCUCAGAUCUAUAAGUUGGUCAAUAGUGGCCAUCCAUUCCCCAAGACUCUGGUUGAAGGCGACACUCAUCAAUAAUUGCAAUCUCAAGCAUCUGGACCAAAUCAAUAGUACAAACUAGGCAAUAACAAACUGGAAGACACUCAAAUUUAGGGAGUCAUCAAUAAGAGAUGGGCAUUGAAAAAGGAUUCCAUUGUCUGGCCUUCCAAUGUUGUCUAUGCUGAUGUGUUGGUGUUAGAAAAGCAGACCCAAUUUUAUUAGAUCAUUCAAACAGAUGACUUGAAAAUGCAAAUAUGGCUUUGUGAACAUCCCUCGAUGUUUGAAUAAGAAUUCACUUGCUAAAAAAUAGUAUCUGGUAUUGACUUGAAAGUAACUGUUAACAAAUAAACAUUCACUUUAUGGAGACACGAUUUAAACAAUAUAUUCUUCAUGUACAAAGACACCGAUUACAGUGUGAUGAUCAAGUUUUAUUAUGCAGGAGAAUUGAAAGUCUUUAAACAAUUGACUUAUGAUAAAACCAACCCUUUGAACAAAAUCAAAUCAUUAUUCUUCGCUGAUAACUAUUUCUUUAUUAUCAAAGCAGAUGAUACCAUCUUGGCAUACUCCACCUAUGAUCAUGAGAAUCAAGUCUUGGCUAUAGCUGAUGCCACUACUUUCAAGCCUUAUGGCUAUACCUUAAAUUGGAAACCUUAGAGAUUAUUCGGAAAUAGGAAGCUCCAUCCCAAUCUCAUAUUUGUUGUUAACCAAGACAAUAUUGUUUUAGUAGAUUUCCACUUUAAAUUCACUUUUCUCCAAUAAUUUGCAUUCACAACUGGCCUCGAAGUAGAAUUGGCUAUUGCCGAAGACACCUUCUUCAUUGUCUAUGGAUAAUCAACCCAAGGAGCAAGAGAUGGCUUAAUUGAGGAAUAUGAUUUCUCACGAUUAAACAAUAUCUUCAAGAUCAAGACCAUCCAAUUGUAUUGGUAUUAGAUCACCUCGCCUUUGGCUGUCGAUUAGAGUGAAGAGAAUGGAAGACUAUUCGUACGAGCUUAUUGUAAAUACUCUAAAAAAGUACAUAUCUUGGUGUUCACUCCUGAUACUCUGUAACAUGACAGUCUUUAUGAUGCUUGGAGCAUCUCAAAUGAAAACAUAGCAGAUGACGAUAAGAUUGUUAUGGCUGUCGAUGGAGACUAAUAAAUGUUCUUGUAUACUUAUGUGGAUGGAUAGACCACCUUGAUUUCAGAGAUGAAGAAUUCAGUCAUGACUCUUACUGUUAAUUUGGAUGGCUCUAUGUAUAAUUCAAAUAUGAAUUUGAAUCUCAUUGUGUCCAAUUAUGACUAUCCAGAUGAAACCUUCAACACAGUCAAAAUACAAGAAUAAGUGUAACUGAUCAACACUUAAUCUACGAUCCAAAUUGAUAAUACUAAGUUCGAUCUCUUCAAAUCCGGAGUGAUAUUAAAUUCUAAUAUCUAAUAAAAGGAUGUUUAAUUGGGUACCCAAUGGUUCUCUGGUCAAUUAGUUGGCAUUGAUUUGGAAUGCGAACAAUGUGAAAAUCAUGUUGUUGUUCAAAACAUUAUGGAAAUCAAUAAUCCAAAAUUCUUCAAUGGAUUCGAGAUUAGAGAUUUGAUCAAAUAUGAUGAUAAUGUUAAUAUCUUCGUAGCCACCAAAGGAUUGAUAUUUACACAUCCUGAUAACACCUUGAUGGCCACUUAUCAUUUCGAUUUACCAUCCUCAACUUAUCGAUGUUACCAGGCUUAGGUAUCAGCAGAUAAACUCCUCAUUUAUACCCUUUGUGAAGAUAAAGGCCAGUAUUCCAUUUAUGUCACUGGGUGUCUGUCAGUCACUGGAUGUUCUCCUUUAGGCGAGAAGUAUAAGAUCGAACAGGCUUCAAAAAUACAAUUAAUAGACAAUGACAUCAUGGUUGUUUUACACACUGAUAAUUUCUAAUACAGUGAAGUUGAUGGUCGCAUUGUUGUUUAUCAAUUGAAGAAGGGAUUAAAAACUUGGAAUUUGGAAGUCUUGGAUGUGAUUGCAACUUAAACUUUGAAUUCUUAAUUGGAAUCACCCUUAGAAUACUUUAGACCCAGCGAUUUCACAGUCAUUAAAUAAUACUCAAAUUAAGAUCAAACACUAUACAAGAUAAUCAUCAGCAAUUCAAAGAAUGGAAUUAUAUUCUAUGAUUUUACAUUGACUAAUAUUAGAUAUCAAUUCUAGUCAGCUGAAUCAUUGGAUUUAUACAACUAUUUAAAUUAUGAAGUCAAUCAAUAUGCAUUUUCAAAUACUCACUUCUUACAAGUAAGAUUAACCGAACAUCCAACUUAUGAUAAAGAUCAAUAAAAACUUAAACUUUAAUUAUUCAUCUAAACAAGCAAUGCUGCUCAUUAUGGAAUUUCCCUUACCUUCAAAAAGCAAGUCAAUUCAGCAUCCACCAAAAUAGAUUCAAAAAAAUUAGAUUUUGUAUUGAACAGAUACUCUAAUUGGCCUUCUAUUAAUAAAAUCGCUACAAAUGGAAACUACAUUGCUAUCCCCUAUUUCUAUGAUAAUGCUCUGCUUGUAGGCCUCUAUAAAAAGUCUGCUUCCAUUCCCACAACGAUUAUUAGUGGAACUUACUUGUAAUAUGUGUAGGGAUAAUACAUAUCGCCCUUGAAUAUGGCAUUGUUCUUCGAUCUCUCAAAUGAGAAGUCACUGUAUGCAAGUGAAUUGUCAGGUCCACUGAAAAGUUAUGCUUUAUUAGAUUCUCCAAUCAUUACCUUCAAUAAUCAGAAUGGAGAUUUGAAUAAUCAAACAGUUACAGUAAUCUUGCAAAAUGAUUUCAACAUAGAAAAGACAUAAUUCAAAUUAGAAGUCAGACCAAUAGAUUUGAAUGAGUGCAGAACCAAAAUAACCAAUAUUUAGAUUUACCCUUCCACCACCGAAGUCAUGUCCUGGCAAUUAUCAAAUGGAAUAUUUGAGGGAGUUGGUUUGAAAUAUACCAUCGAAGAUAAUAAAGACUUCACAAUCGUCCAACCCAUCACAUAAAUUAGUUCAUCAUAACACUGCACACAAGGUAAAUGUUAUAGUCUAUAUAUAAUUAGUAAUUGGAUAGGUAUAUUCGAUCAAGGCCUAAUCGUUGCUCAGAGAAUGGAAUGGCCACUUUGCAUUCUUGGAUUACAGCACUGCUACAAAUGGUUUGUAUUACACCAAAGUUGCUGCCAAGUAGAAUGAAGCUCCUAAUUUCUCUGAAAUAGUUUAUGUAGAUCCUGAAGCACCUACAAUAAAAUGCUUUGAUUUCGACUAUCUCAAUUCAGAAGCAGCAGAUAAUUUCAUCAUCGAUUGCCAACUUGAUCAACAGAAAAUCAUCUACACCAUCAAGGGGAAGACUUUAAAGUCCAUUUCCAAAACCAAGUCAUCAUUUACAACCAAUAAAGUGAGAUGGUUCAAUAGAUUGCCUUCUGAUGAUGCCUCCUAUUAUUUGAGAGUGACUCCAGCCUUUUCGAUUACAGAAGACGGCUCUGUUGGCAAGGUUUCAUUGGUGGAACUCUUUCAUUUUGAUGGCCAAGAAAUAACCUUACAAUCUACAAUCGAUAAUGCUAAGUUGGCUCAGUUGCUCAAAAAAGACAAGACUGAUUUCAUGUUGGUAGACUACAAGGUGUAUAAUGAUGGCACUCUCUAUUUAUUAGACCAGAAAUUAGGCAUAAUCAAAUUGUAAUUCAAUCACAAAGAUAAGGAGUGGAAACUUUCGGAUCAAAUUAAUUUCACCUUAUAACAAUAUGUAGCCUUUGACAUAGAUGAUUAUGUGAACGAGAAAGGAUAACCUGUUUAACAUAUAGUAGUAUUGAGUUACAAUUACUUUUUCGUUUUGGAAAACAAAGUCAUAGUUAAAGUCAUUGAUUUAGGCUAUUUCACUACAACCUAUCCAUAAUAGAUAUCAAUAAGUUAAAGAAACAUCUUUAUUCAACAUGAUGAUGUCGUCUAUGUUUAUGGAUUCAACGAUGAAUCAAUUACUUUGUUAGAUAAACAAGCAAUCGCAGGAGGAUAUUCUGUAGACAAGAUCAAAGAUGAGUUCAUAGCUAUAGGUUAGAAGGAAUCCAAUUUAUACUUCUUCAGUUAAGGUGCUUUGAAGUAUGAAUUCAAAUCUGGGCAGAUCAAGGAUGGACAAGUCAAAAUAACUGCGAAGUCAUUAAAUAAUUAACAAUGCCAAUCAAAUAUUAAAUACUCCAUCAUAAAGAGCGACGAUUCCAAGAUCUACAAGAUAACUGAAUCUGAGGCACCAUUCCCACCUGCUGCAGAUGAAAACACAGUUAUCGAUCUUGGAGAGUUAACCUCAGGACCAAAUCAAAAAUAUGAAGCUGUAUAUGAGACAACUGAAAAUGAUUGUCUUAUGACAGAACAAGAAGCAUAAGCUCAAGUUCGAAUUGUACAGAAUACAAAAUUUGAAGCUUAAGGCCAACCUUCAAAUAUACUAUUCUAGACCUCCAUUUUCCAACCUAAAUUAUCAACUAUCUUCAAAAUAUUCUAAUUGAAAGACAAGAGCUUAGCUCUGUAUUAGUCUGACCCCAAAUUUGAGAAUAAUAUUUACAAAUUUACUUAAGUUGGAACUAUCAAAGAUAUUAAAGUUGAACUGAAUGAUUAGACUUUCGCUAUUUGGGAGGUCGGAGAUGUAAUUGUAAGAUUUGCAACUCUUAUCAAUGAAUAUAAAAUCAAUCUAUAUAGUUUUAAUUAUUUUAUGGUAGAACUACUUAAAACAAUAUCAUUCGAAGAAUAGGAAGGAUAAUAAAUAGUAAGUAUCUUAAACUAAGGAGAAUACUUAUUUAUUUUAUAAAAGAAUGGAGUCUUGCAUAGUUAUUAAAUAUCAAAAUUCAGCUUUGUUAAUAAGAUAACUGGAAAUGAUUUGAUUGGAUAUGGUGGACAAUGGAAGCCAUUGAAAUUGUAUGGUAAUAGAGUGUUAAAAUCAAAUAUUGUAUUUGUUUAAAAUGAAAACAAUAUUGCUCUAAUUAAUUACUUUAAUACAGAGUUCAUUUUCAUUAAACAAAUGGAUUACACUUAAGAUAAUGAGAUAUACAUAUCAGCUGCUAAGGAUUCAUUCUUUUUAGUUAACAAUAAAGAAAUUUUGGAAUACAAUUAUCAAAAUUUAUUGAAUAUUUUCAAAUCAAAGACAGUUGAAUUAUUUGGAUACACUGUUGCUACUCCAUUAACUGUUAAAUCUUAAUUAUCAACUGGUAAUCUCGUCAUUAAAACAUCAAAAGCCUAAGAUAUCUAUCUAAAUAUAUUUAGACCAUCUACUACUUAACAUGACACUUUCUACUUAGCAAUACCAGUAUUUACUCUUAAAGAGGAUCCUCAAUUUACAAUAACAGUGGCAGAAGAUGACGCCAUACUGCUUAGUAUAAAUCAUUCAACCCUUCAAGUAAUUCACAAGAUUGAGAAAUCUCCUCUCUUAGUGUUUGAUCCAAAAUUUGAUGAGAAAACUUACUAUUACAAUGCAAAGGUGUCUGUAAUUGUGAAGAGUCAGGAUGACUAGAAUAAUUAAGUUACUUUCAAAUAGAAUGUAAAGCUUGUAAAUACAUUCUCAACCUUGAGUGUCAAGAAUUCAAAUUAUAGCGUUUCAACGAAUUCAACGACAACUGUCGAAUUUCCAGUUGAGGCUGUUAAUGGAUAAAACAUUUUAACAACCCUUAAGACCUUCUAUGUGACAGAGGGCAACGUUUACUUGAAGGCUUUGGUCUAGCAACUUCCACGAAAGAAGAUGGUCGAUUAUAAAAUAAAUUAUGGUUAUUCCAAGGACAAAGAUACUUUUUAUUUACAGGCCAAGAAUACCUUAUUGAUUGGUACCAAUUUGGGUGAAGAUUUCUCAUUUAUACCAGCAGAAUAUACGCUUUCUGAUUAAUACAAUUGCUUUAGAGCAGACAAUUACAAAGAUAUGUUUUAUUCCAUAUGUAAUAAUGGAGUCGAGAAUUAAUUGGUGUUGACUAAAUGCGUAAACAAGAAAUGUCAGUUGAUUAAUUCCUACAUUGCAAUUCCCAAUGGAUAUUAAGUCAUAGCCCCUUAUGAGGAUUACCUUAUCGUGUUGUUUUAUAACCCCUUGAGCCCACAAGAUUAGGAUGGAGAGUACAAAAUUUAUAGGGUAAUUUUUAAUGAUGCUUUCUAUGUCUAAUAAGAGGUGAUGUCAAUGAAUUUGGAGUUCAUCAAAACCAAUUUCAAUAGAGAUGCAACCACUUUCAGGCCAUCUGGUAUGACAGGAGUUGGAGUUGAAAUAAGUAAGGAAACCUACGUUUAUUUGUCAAUGGUAACUGACUGCUUGGAUGAACUGAGGUUCAGUAGUUUCUUAUUUGAGAACAAAGAUAUUCAGCCUACUGGAUUGGGGUCAAUUUCACUAAAAAAAUUGUUGAGUAAAUAAAUCGUAGAUCAGACUCUCUUCUUAUCCACUUAGGUGAAGUCUUCCUCGUUUGAGAAGGAUGUGUUAACAGUUGAUUUAGUGAUUUUGACUUCAGAUUCUGGAACAUUCUGGGUUGUGGCGAAAUUUAAAUACAAUAAGGAGGAAAAGAAAUUUGAACAUCAGCAAUCAGAUAUAAAGAGUACAUUUGUUAAGUACGGGGAUUGGAAAGUACUCAAUUAUUUGGCAGUUGACUCUUCAUCAAUUGGAGUUGCUUAUUAUAAAGAAGAUAAAGUCACUGUGGGCAUUUAUCAGAUCCUUAAGGAGAGUCCUUACUUUUUGACAACUGGAGGUAAUCAGUUUACGGUGUCCAAAUAACAAGAUUUGAGUCCGUUAAACUUCUUAAUGUUCAUAUAAGUAUUUAUUUUAUAUCUAUUUAAAGACAAACUAAUUGUAUAAUAGCAAUCCGAAUGAAAAGGGAUUAACUAAAUUCAUGUUGAAUACAAAUAGUUCAAUUGUGAUAACUGAGCCUUAAAAAGUGUAGAGUUAAAAUUUGACUUUGACCUUUAAAAAUGAUUUCUCAGAGGCUGUGUAAAAGAUUGAUCUAUAAAUCAUACCAAAUGAUGACGACAACGACUCUAGCAAAGGACUGGGGGCAGUUUGGAUAGUGUUGAUUGUGCUUGGUAGUUUGGUAGUUCUGGUGUUAAUGGGUUAUGGUUACUAUAAGUCAUAAGACCCAAAUAAAGAGGAAUAAGAUCAAUUAGUAUGAAAUAUUAAUAUAAAAAAACAAUAAAAUAUUGUAAUUUAAAAUGCC